AAUGUAGCAGGUCAAGGGAGGCGUGUCCUGCGCGUGUGGCUAGACGCAUGAGGACCAAGAUGCUUGCGUGGAACAACGCGACUUCUCCACGUUCUCUGUACGUUUAAAUGAUCAUACCGCAAUGAGUAAUCGAUUACCUUUGUGUUCGGUUGUCGAAAGUAAGAUAGAACAAGCACCUGAGCCUUGCAAAAUGUGGAAAAACUGACGGCUGGAAAGAGACAAAAAAAACAGGGUCGGACUGGAGGAUGUGGUCUGUGGAAGAGCAGCCUGGGGGGCUCAUGUAUGUGUACGAGUGCCCGACACACAGCUCUAGCCUGCUGCGGAGCCUGGAGGCCCAGAGGAGGGAGGGUGUCCUCUGCGACGUGACCAUCCUGGUGGAGGGGCGGCAGGUCUGCGCUCACGGGGCAGUGCUGGCAGCGUGCAGCGGCUACUUCCUGCAGAGGCUCCAGGAGAGGAAGGACAGGGAGGCCGUCUUUAGUCUGCCCCACACAGUCACUGCCAGGGGGUUCGCCCCACUGCUGCAGUUUGCCUACACCGGGAAGUUCUCGCUCAGCAGGGAGAGCCUCCAGGAAGUCCUCCACUGUGCAGAGCAGCUACACAUACGCGACCUGGAGGAGUCGUGCUUCCCUCUCCUGACCACACAGCUCAGUCACGGCUCCAAGGAUGAGUCUCUGAGUCCAAAGCUCACCACGACUAGUCCUCCAUUACAAACUGACCAACAGGUUGUUCACUCGGAACCCUGUGAAGUCUCCACCCUUUGUUCUUCCAGUGAAGAGGACGUAGGGGAGUCACCACUGAGUCAGUCAGACAAACAUAUGACCUUUGACCCUCCUCAGUGUUCCGCCACCUCCACUGAUGGUGUCCAGCGGUCUCAACCUGGGUCUCCAGCCCCAGAUGAAGCAAGCACUGGGGAGAGGAGUCUGUCUGGCUGUAGCUCAGAAGUAAAAGUAGAGGAAGAGGCGAUGAUGGAGUCUGAUGGUGAGUCGCUCAGCUCUAAGCCUUUAGACAGAACUUUUAGCACUAGUGUUGCUGCAGGCCUACGCUCCAUCCUCAAGAAUAAGAUGGAGCUACGCCUACCACAUAUUUCACAUCAGUUUCUGGAUAACAGAGUCAUUUGUACAAACCAGAAACAUGGGCUGCAAGAGGCUCAGAAAACCAACCACUGGUGUUUCAACCAAGAAUCACCUUUGACCUCUGUUAAUCCCCAAGUCAUCCCCUCCAAGUCAUUGAGGCCUCUAUCCAGGGGUGGGAUCUGCAAAGAAGAAGCAGGGCUGAGUAGGACCAGUGUUAUAUUUACCUCAGGGUUUCCCAGGCAACCAGAAUUUCCAGCACAUUCCGGCCCUGAUCCCAGUCCACUCUCCACGUCCACUCAGACUGUCUCUCCUGAGAACUUGGCGUUGUCUUGCUGUUUCACUCACAAAAUCAGCAGCCACGGCCAAGUUAAAGAGUGUCAUCCAGUUUCUCACAAUGACCGAACUGCAACCUCCACAUAUUACUCCUAUGAUGAAGGUCAAAUUGGGAAAUCCUCUCUCAGUGUUCCUCCAUCUGACAUCUCCUGCUUCCCUUUCCCACGGAUGGCCUACUGCCUGGCUCUGAGACCGCCUGAUCCGAGCAGGGCCAAGGACUCCAUCUUGAGCCCAGUGUCCCCCCAGAUCAAGACAGAGAAGUGCUACGACUCCAGCUCCAGUGACGAGUCGGGCUCCGUCUCCUCGGGAGACUAUGAGUCAUCGCAUGCUAAAGACCGAGGGUCGGAGGUAAACCUCCCUCUCCCUGUGGAUCAGCUCACAUACCUCCCCCGCAGUGACUUCCAGCUGGUGAUGAGGAUGCACAGAGUAAGCCCAGAGCAACUGGAGUUCAUUCAGGAUGAACGGCGCCGCAGCAAGAACCGUAUCGCAGCCCAGCGGUGUCGGAAGAGGAAGCUAGACUGCAUUCAGAACCUGGAGGUUGAGAUACACAAACUGGUGUGUGAGAAGGAGUCGCUGCUGAGAGAGAGGAAACAGCUGAGAGCCUGCAUGGUGGACCUCAGAGAGAACGUCUCCUGUCUGAGCCAGAGUGUCCAGAGUGAAGAACAGGAACUCCCAAACAAGGUUCCUCUCACCCAUCUGAGAACCAAAAUCGCAGCAGAUCAGUAGAGCAUAUCCCACAAGUGUUUUUGUGCUCUGAACCUGCUCUGGAUUAGUUCUGAUGGAAGCAAGCAUAUCUUUACCUGGAAGGGAAGAUCAGUGUGUAGCCAUCCUCAGUCUCCCCAGUGGUGCUCCACUUACUUGUUUGCUAAGAAAUUACUGAAAAUUGCAUAUCAACAAAUGAGCUGCCCAUGGAAAUCUAUUUCCAGGUAUCCGUGAGAAACAUUUCAUUUGCGGGUGGUUUUAGUGAGAUUAGAUGACAUCAUUGUGAUUGUUUUGUGAUUGUGUUGAAAAACAAAAUUGGGCUGCUGUUUAAUUGAUCCUUGCAUUUGAUGUAGCUACACUGGAAACUGUGUACUAUUUAGAGAUUAGAGCUUCUCAGUUGCCAUAGUAGUGAGCUAUGUAGAGGACACCACCACAGAGUUCUAGGAAUAAUUUUUUUUUUUCCAGAUUUUUUUUUUCCAGAAUUUUUUUCCAGUAAUACUUCCAGAAGAGUAUUACAAAUGUGCCGUUACCUCUUAACUGACAAACAGUACACUUCCUUAUCUUCCAUAUGCAUUAUGCUGUCUUUCACGACGUGGCCAAAGUUACUCAGGAAUGAACUGUAGUGUUUGAUAGCUAUUUUAUAGAACACAUAUGUGAGCAAUAGUGAAGAGUAAUGCAACCUCAUUUGUACAAUAGCAGAUCUGAUAUAUCUGCAAUGUAUAUACUAUUUUUCUAUCAGUGUUUCUCAACAGUCUAAUAAAAGUAUGUGUGUUACAUUCUUAAUCACCUUUGGGUAGAGUUAGUUAGGGAUCACAUCAAAAUCUUUCACCAGAAUGCUGAAAAAUAUUGUAUAUUAUUCCAAUUAAAAUGUUUUUUUUUUCUUUAUAUAUUUAUCAUUUAUAAGUACCAAGAGGCCAAGAGAAGGUCAUGGAAACCUUUUCCACUACUUUAUGAACUGUUUGCCUAGGAAUAUUGGACAUUUCUCUUUUCUGUACAGUAUUGCUGUAAACAUUGAUCUGUUUCAAACCAUUAACUUUGUCAAGUCUUCAUCGUUUAUUCCUUAUUUGUUAUUUAGCAAUGCCUGAAAAAAACACCUAAUCUGAUGAUAGGACAACAGAGAAUGCAGUUUUUGCAAGUAAUUUCAGUUGUAAAGUCUGAUUGUGUAAUAUAUUUAUAACCAGCUGAUGGUAAGUAGCAAGAUCUUCCAUAGUAGCCUUCACACUUACCUGUGAAUGACAAUGUUAGACGAUAAAGCAACAUCGCAAUGAAUGCAAGCGUAAACUGUGAUGUUUCCAAGACAUUCCUGUCACAAUGAUUACAUUUUAUCUGUGCAAUUCUAAUAUACCUCAUGUUUUGGUCAAACUAGUCUUUAGUAGAGGCAGCUCUUGUGUUGUAUUCUACUAUUCUGUGUGCAUGUUUUUGAUGGUGCUUUGUUACAGGAUACAGAAUUUAAUUACAAUGUUGUUCCAUGUGAAAAAAAACUCAACAAUGUAGUUAUCAAUCCUGUUUGUAAGUGUUGUAGAUAUUUAUACAUUUAUAAAGUGAAUAAAACUGAUGUAGCAUGCCCAAAUCA